UACAACUCGGAAAUAUUAAUAAACUACACACUCCAAAAUCUCUCUCCCAACCAAUACCAAAGAAAACCAGCAGAAGCAGCAGCACCAGGACCAAGAGAGGAGGGAACAAAUGUCGGUGUCGGUGAAGGAGUGGUUGAGCGACACGUGGAGCGACCUCAAGGACGACCUCAUGGAGGAGCGGAGGAAGACGCUCCGGCGGAUAUGCAGUGGAGUCCUGAUCUUGAGCGUCAUCAUCUUAGUAAUCGUCCUCCUAAUCUGGGCCAUCCUCCAGCCCAAGAAACCCGACUUCAUCCUCCAAGACGCCACCGCCUACGCCUUCAACGUCACCGCACCAAACUUGCUCACCUCCAACAUUCUAGUCACCAUCGAAUCCCGUAACCCAAACGACAAGAUCGGCGUCUACUACGACAAGCUCGACGUCUCCGCCAUCUACCAGAACCAGCAGAUCACCUCCUACACCGCCAUACCACCCACAUACCAGGGGCACAAUGAAGUCAACGUUUGGUCUCCCAUGGUGUCUGGCGUCAACGUCCCCGUGGCCCCAUACAACGGCGUUGCACUCAGCCAGGACCAGGCCUAUGGAACAGUCUUGCUCACCAUCAAGAUUGAAGGACGGGUUAGAUUCAAAGUUGGCACCUACAUCUCUGGCCGCUACCACCUCUACGUCAAAUGUCCCGUCAACAUCGUCUUCGGUAACUCCACUGCCGGCGUCGUUGUCGUCAACGGUAUCAAGUAUCAGCUGGCCCAGAGCUGCAGCGUCUCCCUUUGAUCAUAUAAGAUCAUGGAUCCUCUUCCUUAACACGUGUGUACUCGGAAUAUUGAAUAAUUUUUUUUAUAUUUAUUAGUCUCUUUUUAUAAAUAUAUAUAUUUGUGGUGGUAUACCUAGUUAAAUGGUAGAUUUUCUUCAUUGAAUAAACAAUAUAUACAAGAGAGACAAAAUAGCAAAAUUAUCAAUAUUGUAACAAGUUAAAGUUGUAUUAGAUUUUUCCAAUUUACAAGUUUCAUGAUCGAGAAAUAUUUGUAUUUUUGGAGAAGAGAAGUGAGAAGUCGUAUUUGUAGUGGAGUGAA